GUCACUGAGCGUUUACCACACCCGAAUAAGGCUAGACCGGCAUUUAUUCUGACAGGCCAACUAAUCCCUAACCUGGUAAUAUGGCUAUGCGGGGGAUUAUCGUUGGGGCUAAUUAGAGCUGUCUUGGAAACGGGCCGACGCCGUGGCCGUGGCCGUGACCGUGACCGUGCAAUUGCUUAUCAUCCUUUGCGGCGUUCCUGUAAAAUCCUUCUUCAGCUGCCUGCUGGUAGCUCGUGGUAGGUGCGUCUGAUACCAUUUCAUCUCUCUGCUCUUCCCCACGUUUUUAUUCCUGAUCUCUGAUUUCUGAUUUUUUGUAUUCUUGGUUUCUGGUCUCUCAUGGACAACUACCACCACACCGGAACCGGACAUCUGGACCCUGAAAAUCUCGACUAUAUUAACGUGUAAAUGAGGAGCCUAUCCAGGCGCGACUAAGCCUUCACCAUGCCGGACCAAUUGGAUUCGGGAAAUGGCAGCACCAAAGGCUAUCGUGGGGGGAACGAACUCAUCAACCAGGCCAUGAUGGCUUUCACGGCUAUCGCUUGGGCUAAUGCCAUAGAACUUACUGUCCUCAUCUUUGUGGUCUUCAAGAGAUAUGAGGGUACUUACUUUUGGAGUCUACUUCUCAGCACUCUUUCAAUCGUGCCAUACUCGAUUGGAGCCUGGAUCAAACAGGUCUACACCCCAUAUCGGGAUUCAGUGCCAUCUCUGUUACCCGUCGCGUUUCUCAACAUCAGCUGGCUCAUUCUGAUACCUGGCCAAUCGAUUGUACUGUGGUCUCGUCUGCACCUAAUCAUACACAAUCGGCGACAGUUACGUUUCAUACUCUGGCUCAUCAUUGUAAACUGGUUCUUAUUCUGUAUUCCUACAACUGUAUUCACAUGGGGCUCCAAUACCCACCAAGGUCCUUUUGUCACUGGCUACGCCGUAUACGAGAAGAUCCAAAUGGUCGCAUUCUCAUUACAAGAAAUCUACAUCUCCGGCAUCUACGUUUGGGAGGUCCGCAAAGUACUAGCCUUCGUUUUCGAGCGAAACUCCAGAAAGAUUAUGUGGGAACUCGUCGCCAUCAAUGUCUUUAUCAUCGCCCUUGACAUCGCCCUACUCGCCGUCGAGUUCAUGAACAUGUACCAAGUCGAAACGACCUUUAAAGGCAUGGUCUACAGCAUUAAGCUGAAGCUUGAAUUCGGUGUCCUCAGCAAACUUGUCAAAGUCGUCCUCGAGCGAAAAGAUUCGCACGCCCGCAUCCCCUCCAAAACACAAGAAUCCGCUAUGGACCUCAGCCAAUUCCCAGCCAGCCCGAGCGAAACGCCACAGGUCCUGACUACGGAGCAGUUCACAAGGAGUUGUAUAGGUUCAGUCUCCACUCGCAAAGGCUCCAUCAAGCACAUCGAACAUAUGACACGCGACUUCAACUUACCAGCCGAAUGGCGCCGCAACCAUUCUGACGAUCUGGGACAUACUGGACCCCUCGUUUUGCACGAAGAGGAUGGCCUUGUGGAUAGGCCGAGAAUGGCGAAACGCGAAUCGCAGAUGUCUGAUAUCGCGCUGCAGUAUCCUGGACGACUAGACAGCGUGCCAGGCGCCACGACCACGUAACAGCACAUCUGCAUCUGGAGGAGCGCUUAUGCGGAGUGCCUC